GCCCAAGACGGAGGCCAGGGGAGACCCAUGUGGUAAAGAGUGAAUGAAAACAGGAUAAAGAAGCAGAAGAGAUCAGAAAAAGGAGGCCUCGGAGAUGUGAGGAGGGAAGGACUUGAGGCUGGACAGAAACCAGAAGUGUAACAAGGAGGGGUAAGAACGUCCUGCAGGAAGAAAGAGAAAGACACUGGAUUGAAAGUGAAAGAGAGGACUGAGGCAGGACAAAAGAACCCUCUUGAAAAGGUAGGAAGGGACAAAGAGGGGGAGAAGAAACACAUCUGGAUGGUCUCCACAGGGACGGCCAACCGGUUACCGCCCCUCCGAAGAUGGCCUCCAACUUCAAUGACAUCGUCAAGCAGGGCUACGUUCGCAUGCGCAGCCGCAAGCUGGGGAUCUAUCGACGCUGCUGGCUGGUUUUCAAGAAGUCGUCCAGUAAAGGACCUCGUCGUCUGGAGAAAUAUCCUGAUGAGAAGUCUGCCUUCAUCAGAGCCAGUCCUAAGGUGACAGAAAUCAGCAAUGUCAAGAAUAUCACGCGGUUGCCCCGGGAUACCAAGCGGCAGGCGGUGGCCAUCGUCUUCACGGAUGAUACCUCACGCACAUUCACCUGUGAAUCAGAGCUGGAGGCAGAGGACUGGUUUAAGACGCUGUCGAUCGAGUGUCUGGGCACACGGCUCAAUGACAUCAGUAUGGGCGAGCCUGACCUUCUGGCUGCUGGAGUGCAGUGUGAACACACAG